UCCCGCCCCGAAAAAAUAAAAGCAUCGCAUCUCUUCAUUCCAUCCGCAAUCCACCACCUCCAUCAUCACCAUGGCUCAACCAAUUCUCCUCUCCCGCUGUCCUACAGCGACAGCUUCAUCUCGCAGACUCCUCCCAUCAUUCACCCGCCAAUCCGGCCUCUCCUUCCAGUGCCGCAAUCUUCAUCACAACCACCAACAACAACCCAUCCGCCAACCCAGAAGAACAACACCACCUACAACACAAUCUCGCCUCCCAAGAACCUCAUACCCCCUCAACCCUCGCCUGUACCACUCCCAACACCACCCCGACCCCCCAGCCCACGAGUACUCCAACUCGCAAACCACCAUCCUCGAAGCAGCCCUCACCCACGUCCCGACUCACGGCUUCACCUCCGAAUCCCUCACCCUGGGCGCCCGCGAUGCCGGCUUCCUCGACGUCUCCGUCCAGCUCUUCCCCCGAGUUGAAUUCGACCUCGUUCUCUUCUGGCUAGCUAGUCGACGAGGCCUGUUGCGCGGAAAGGUCGAGAAUGGCUUCUUUGAGUCUCAGCAGGGAUUGUCUGUGGAGGAAAAGACAAAGGCGCUGAUUAUGGAGCGGUUGCGCAUGAAUGCCAGUAUUAAGCAUCAGUGGCAGGAUGCUCUGGCUGUCAUGUCCCUCGCUUCAAACAUCCCUCUCGCUCUUUCCGAAUUGCACGCUUUAUCUUCUGAUAUCCUCACUCUUGCGGGUGACGCCUCCGUCGAUGCAUCCUGGUAUACAAAACGUCUCUCCGUAUCUGCCAUCUACGCCAGCGCCGAAGUCGUCAUGACCAAUGACUCAAGUCCGGAUCUCUCCGCUACCGAGGCCUUUGUGGAUCGUCGCAUUGAAGAUAGCAAGACUAUCGGUGAUAAGAUCGGUGGUGUCAAGCAGUGUCUCGGUUUCAUGGGUUCGACUGCUGUUGGCUUGGGGAGAAGUUGGGGAUUGAAGAUCUAAAGAUAUCAUGUCUCUGUUGAAUGAGAAUGUUUUCCUUGUAUUCUAUUUGUCUAUGUAUAUUACAUGAUUGUUUUCAAUACUCUUCCUAUCGUACAUUAAACAGAAGCCAUGUUUCAUCUAAAUACAAGCGCAUAUAUACUCCUCACCGAUUCCCUCGUUGCCGACUGCCCAUAUCCUGCACUCGCAACACGAUCCGAUGCAUCCAGCCCUCCGGCCCAAGCAACUCCCGCAUGGCUUUUCUGUUCGGCGCCAUAUCCCACCACGGCUCACGGGUAGAAGGCCGGUUCUCUUGACGUGCCCGUUGACGAUACCUCGUUAGAUCACGCUCCCGCUGACGCACAAUCCCAUUCAGCAACCCAACCGUCUUCUGAUCGGGCUGUACGCCCGUCACCUCCAUCUCCUGCAGGAGAGAUACAACACCCGGGAUAUCGUUGCAG